GACCCGGAAUGAUACUGGGUGAGCAGUGGUCCUGAAGGUGGGGCAGGUGUGGCAACAUCUCUACCACGUCUCCUCCUCCUUAAGAAACAAGCAGCUGCCAGGAGGACUGCCAAGAGUACAGCUCCGCCGACGGCACAACCAACAAUGGUACUCAUAUGAGAAGGGCUCGCUGCAUUGAAAACUGUCGGAGGGGAUAAAACCCGUGGAGACUGGGAGGUCGACAACGAAGAAACUUGAGGGGAUCGUGAGGUCGACAGCAAAUAAAUUUGAAAGGACUGUGAACUCAGUGUGGAUGAAGGAUGUGAAGACUGUGAACUUGGAGAGGAUGACGAUCCAACUUGUGGAGACUGUGAGGUCAACAAAGAAGAGGACUGUAAACUCAGCGAGGACGAAGGUUGUGUCGACUGUGAACUUGGAGGAGGUGAAGACUGUGGAGACUGUAGGGGCGUUGCCCAGGAACUUGUGCAAUGACUGA